GGAAGAAGAAGAUUAUAACGGUUCAUUCAAAAUCAACCAGCUGCAGCAGAGGCUGUAUAUAAAAAAAUAUAUGUAUUCCAAUUAUAAACUAUUAGAAGUUAAACUACGCAUGCCCAAUGAUGAAGACACAUUUCCCGUUGUGAAAGAACCAAUAAAUGUCGGUGUAUACAGUGUGUCGCCCGAGGGAGUAUUUGAGAAUUGCAACAAACGUAUGCGAUUCUUUCAACCUUUAGUCACGUGUCCCUUCGCCCUAGGAGCCAACGAGAAUCUACUUCAGGACGAAGAUGUCGCAAAUCGAAGUUAUUUGGAUACGCUGCUCCUAUUCCUGACAUCCACACAAGAAAGGCGCCAAAUGAUUAGGAAUACCGAAUUUGUCUGCAGUCGCGAUGUCUUAGUCCUGCUCUUGUGCACUCCUUACGAUCGAAAAAAGAAAUGGUCCAUUGCGGUCAGUAAAUAUCGCAAUACCAUAUAUAUGUGUCUGGUACCAGACGAGGACGUCGUCGAACAAUUGGACAAUAGACGCAUUCGGAUAUUAUACAAAAACUCUUUGCUGAAAAAGUUGCAACAACACUGUCUGGUAUCAAGAGUUGAAGAUUUGAAUCGAAUUGAAGAUUAUGAACAGAGAACGGAAAAUGGUCAACUCUAUGGUGUAUUUAAGACGACUUUUGGUGACUCGCAUCUCUUAUUUGAUGCUCCUGUCAUCGCCGAGAACACUAAUAAUUACGCACUUAAUGGAAAACUUAAGAAUUGUUCUUUAACUAAUACUGACAGUAUUGGUCAACCCACAACGUUUGUGGAUCUGCGUCUGCGACAGGAUACAAUGAGUGGUCCUGAAUGGGUAGCACACUAUACAAAUGAGAUGAUUUUGUGGUGGGCGGAAUGCUUCUUGACUGGCAUCAAGACAAUACACGUUGCCCAACAUGAUAAAGAUUUGAUUGUGAAACGGUUUCAUGACUUGGUGGCGCGUGAUUUUCAUCUGGAGUGCAAGAAACACUGGUCGUCGUACGCUUGUGCCAAUUUCAUGUCACGUUUCUUGAUGGACAUCAAAAAGCUAAUGGCUCCCGUGGAUAGCCCUAAUGCCGUUUAUAUGGUGGAAUACGACCCAAAGGGCGAAGGAAUCACCUACAGGGUUGAGGCGGAACGUAAUGAGCAUACAUUCAUACCCGAUUGGUAUACAAAAAAGUUUAAGCUGAACGGCAGUAGUAGCAUGCCUUUUUAAUAUUCAGUAUAAAGUUGAACAUUUGUGUCUAUUGAUAAGUGAGGAGAGUUAUGUUUAAGUUUAUUGACAGCAGUAAUUGAAAUUUAUGUAAUCACACUAUUAAAUAAUUUAAUACAAGUUUUGUUUACAUUUUGUUUCAUUUUUUGUUUUUUGUUUCUGAGAAUGCAUUCGAUUUUACAAAAAUAUGGAAAUGCUACUUAGUUACAUACUAAAUUUAGACGCAGACACAGCUGUGUGUUGUUGGCUUACAGCUCGGUCUUCUUGGGCUUGGCGCUGCGAUCGAAGCCCUUCAGUUCUGUGGUCGCCUCCUUGGCAAUGUACUUGAUGAAAUCAUCAAGUUCGCGACCGCCA